GUCAACAAAAUGGAAAUGGUUGACCGAGCUGACAUUGGGUUAGACAGUGUUCUUUCCCAUUGGGAAACCGAUUGGCCAACAGUUGACGUUUCAUACGGAAUUCAAGAACCAACCAGCAUAGAGAAAGAAGGGGACCCAGAUAAAACACCAACCUCAUCAACCAAUCCAAGUCCUUCUGUCGUGUCGUGAAAGAAUAAAGCUACUCUGAUGAAUCUUCUUUCGUGUUUCGCGAUUUUGACCUGAUCAAUUCAAUCAUCAAUUGAUCCCUGUAACCCCCAUAGCCAUAGCUUUACUUCGAAUUGAGCUCAGAGCAGAGAGCAGAGAUAGAGAAUACAGAGAGAGAGAGAGAGAGAGAGAGAGAGAGAGAGGAGAAUAAUGCCAAACUGGGAGCUCAAGAACUGCUGCAAGCACGAUCAAGUCGUGUUCUUGACGUGCAUUGGCGUAUUCACUGUUGUUAUCCUCCUGCUAUGGAGAACUUUUCUGCUGACCCCUUUCAAGCUUAUCACUGUGUUCCUGCACGAGGCAAGCCAUGCUAUUGCGUGUAAACUCACCUGUGGUGAUGUUGAGGGAAUCCAAGUUCAUGCAGAUGAAGGUGGCGUGACACGGACUCGUGGUGGAAUAUACUGGGUGAUCUUACCUGCAGGAUAUCUUGGUUCAUCGUUCUGGGGAAUGGCUCUGAUACUUGCCUCGACGAACAUUCUCUCUGCAAGAAUUGCUGCUGGUUGUUUCAUUCUGGCACUAAUUGUCGUGCUCUUUAUUGCGAAAAAUUGGACGCUAAGGGGUCUUUGCAUUGGAUUCAUUAUUUUCAUUGGAGUAGUCUGGGUUCUGCAAGAAACAACAAAAGUCCGAAUCCUUCGCUAUGUCAUCCUAUUUAUUGGUGUUAUGAACAGCUUGUUCUCAGUUUAUGAUAUCUAUGAUGAUUUGAUUUCUCGAAGAGUCCACUCAAGUGACGCCGAGAAGUUUGCGGAGGUUUGUCCCUGCCCUUGUAAUGGUGUUGCAUGGGGAGUUAUCUGGGGGAUGAUCUCGUUCAUAUUUCUUGCUGGAGCAAUGUACCUUGGACUUGUCAUCUUAUCGUGAGUUGCAGAAGUUAAUCUGUUGCAGUGACAAAUCUCGGAUGUUUUUGUUUCAGAUUGAUCUCGGUUGGUUGAAGACUCUUGUUGCCUUCGUGGAGUUAGAGUGCACAGAUUCUUUACAGAUCUUUCUGUUCAUUUGCUUCUGUUGAAUUGACACGCUUUUGCAUCUUUCUGAUGCACCCAUUUUUCGUACCAUUUGUAUAAUGAGCACAGGCUCACUUAAUUGAAUGUGUAGAAGAGAUUCUAUAUGACGAUUCUUGUCGAAUCUGUUAAAUGUUUUGACCUCAUCAAAUAAUGCUCAACAGUUUUUCUGCCA